GCGCGGCCCCCCAAGCUCGACCUUAGAAAAGGGCUUCCCAACGCGCCGGCCGCUUUUUCCCUUCGUUGAACCCCCUACGUGCGAGACGUUCCGAGUCUGGCUCUCCAGAGUGCGUCGCUGUGUGAGAACAUUUUCGUACUGUUGUGGCGACUGGCAAGAAGCAGCUUUCCAUGACACGUUUCUUGCAAACGCCUCCUCCGCACGAAGAAGAAGAAGACUCUAUGGACAGCACAGCCAACGGCAGCAGCGGCGGCGUCAACGUCGUCGCGCACCUGGCACGCGCCGACUAUUUCGCAGUGGAGACACUGCUCUCCAUGAGCGGCCGAAGCAAGGAGGCUUCCGGGAUGAUGCCUCCUCCGCCGCCAGCAAGCGACCUCACUCCACCAAACUCCGAAGAUGAGCAGGAAGAGACGACAACACCCAUUCAUCGCCAGCAAACCAUGCCCGGCUCGUCGGAGCUGGCCAGGCUCCUUCUCUCAGACAGCCCAGUCACUCCAACGGCAACAGCAGCCAGCCAUCGUACCUGCACUCCCGUUUCGGUGAUCGUCCGUGCUCCACCGCGCCCCAGCCCACCGCCGCCACCAGUAAUUGCACCGCCUGCUGUGAUACGUCAAGAGCCCGCAAGGCCCGUGGUGGCCAUCGCCCCCAAGCCUCCCACCACGACGCUUCUCCCCAUGAUGACGCCUGCCGCCGACGAAGCCCUCGUGCAGACGGCACUCGUUCCGGUCGGGGCCGUGCAGCUCCUCGUUGCUCGCCCCGUCCAAGCCGCGUUGCUCGUCAAUGCCGCCCCAGCCCCGGUGCCCGAAGAGCGCAGGCGCUCUUACGUGUGCAACUACGCUGGCUGCGGCAAGACGUACUUCAAGAGCUCCCACCUGAAAGCACACGUGCGCACGCACACGGGCGAGCGGCCGUUUGGCUGCCAGUGGGCGGGCUGCGGCCGGAGAUUCUCGCGUUCCGACGAGCUGUCGCGGCAUCGCCGGACUCACACGGGCGAGAAGCGCUUCUGCUGUCAGCUGUGUGAUCGGCGCUUCAUGCGCAGCGAUCACUUGGCCAAGCACGUCAAGCGACACGGAAGCAGCAGGCGCGUGGCGCUGUGGCCACCGGUGCGGUCCGUUUGAGGUGGAUGGCCGUGUGGUUUAGCUCCCGUUGCGGUGUGGGAUUCAUCGCAAAAAAUAACUAUCGUGUUAGUUUUUGGAAAGAGAGGACAGCCAGACGGUGCCCACUAGCUGCCCGGCUUGCGGCGAGCAGUGCGCUGCGCGCAAGGUGCCAAUGAAGGCGAUUGCACGAGAGAAGCACACCCUCAGGGCCACCUCCAGACCACCAAACCUGGAGUUAAAACACGCGGUGUGCCAAACUAACCCGCAAAAUUCUGGCACACACAUAAUCGAGCCUCGACGCGAGGCACGGCGAAGGCGAUGAGGUGUUUCCUGCUCAAGGAAAUGUUGAUAUGCUCCCGCUGCAAGCAGCCCAGGUGGCUGAGGCAGCACUGUUCAUUGUGUAUAUAUGCUUGUACAAAGACAUUUUUGACAAGAGAUAUAUAUAAUUUAUGAAUAAAAGCCAAAGGGUGCUGGUCUCCCUUUGUGUUCCAUUGA